CGGCCUCCUGCCGCCUGCCCCGUGUGUCCAGCAGAGGGGCAGGCACCAGAAGCGUUAACAGCACGCGCCCGUUUCCAUUUCCUGUGCAGCUUCUCGUUUUCCUUCUGGAGCGAGAGCCCAGGUUUUUGGCAGCGCCGAUGGCUCCGCUCUGCGCCGCGCUGCUGGCUCGGCUCCUGCUGGGGCAGCUCAGCCUCGUCCCAGCGUGGCUCUCGGGUGUGGGUGCCCAGGUGGGUCCAGGCUUUGAGCUGCGACAGCCCCAGAAGGAGAUGUCGGUGAUUGCAGGGGAGACGCUGACCCUGACCUGCACCGUGACUGCAGGGGGUCCGCUCGGCCCCGUGAAGUGGCUGAAGGGCUGGGACAGUGGCAGUGAGAUCAUUUAUGACCAAAAAGGCUCCUCAUCCCGUGUGAUAAGGACAGUGAAUAACUCCAACACAGACUUCACCAUCCUCAUCAGGGACGUUCGCCCCGAGGACGCCGGCACCUAUUACUGUGUGAAGUUUCGCAAAUGGGACACCGGUGAUCAGUUGUAUCAGCGUGGCGAGGGCACGGUGGUGUCGGUGCAGGCCAGACCCUCCACGCCGACUCUGUCCGGGCCCAGCCGCCGAGUGGAGCCGGGGAAGACGGCGUCCUUCACCUGCAAGACCGGGGGGUUCUUCCCCAGGGACAUCAGUGUGAGGUGGAGCAAGAACGGGGCCCCAGCUGAGGCUGAGCUGACCAAUGUCACCCCUGGGCCAUCGAACUUCACCUACAACAUGUCCAGCACCGUGACGGUGACGCUGCAGAAGGGCGACGUCCGCUCAGAGCUCAGCUGCGAGGUGCAGCACGCCACGCUGACGGCCCCGCUGAACAGGAGUUACCAUCUGAGCCAGAUCCUGCGAGUUCCUCCCAGUGUGGUCAUGGCUGAGCCUCAGGGCCCCGUGGGGCUGAACAAGACGGUGAGCUUCACCUGCGACGUGCAGGGAUUCUACCCGGGAAACGUGACCGUCACCUGGCUGGAGAAUGGGACGGAGAUGAACAUGGGGAGCUCCCCCCAGCCAACGGAGACCCCUGAGGGCUUGUUCGAGCUGAGGAGCACGGUGGUGGUGCAAGCCGUGCAGGAGAAGAACGGCUCCGUGUUCACCUGCCGGGUGGUGCACGAGGGCCAGGACCCCAUCAGCAGGAAUGCUGUGCUGUGGGUCGCUGCCUCAGGCCAGAAGGAGUCCAACACCUCCAACACAAACGACGGUUUGCUUUUCAUCUACGUUGCGGUGGGAGUGGUCUGCACUGUGCUGGCACUGCUGGUGGUUGCAAUUCUCUACCUCAUCCGGGCGAAGCAGAGCAAGGGUAAAAGCUCGCCAUCUGCUAGGUUACAUGAGCCAGAGAAGAGCAGCGGAACAACCACCCAGGAGUCCGACCCCAACAACCUGACCUACGCUGACCUGAACUUCACCAAAGAGAAGAAGAACAUCCAGCGGAUCAUCGAGGUGAGCCAGCAGUCGGAGUACGCCUGCAUCCAGAGCAGCCAGGCGCCCGCCAGCAACGACAACCUCACCUAUGCAGACCUGGACAUGGUGCACCUCAGCAAGGCGCCCCGGCGGCCCGCCCCGUGCCCCGAGGAGACCACCUCCGAGUACGCCAGCGUCCAGAUCCAGCGGCAGUGAGCGGGGCUGCACCGGCUGGGGCUCGUGGGGUCCAGGUCCUCCCUUGGGGGGGGGCUUUCUUGGCAGCACCAAGUGCUACGGUACCUGUGGUUUGGGGUGGAAGUGCAGCCUUCGGUACUGUGGCUGCUCCUGGGGGCUGACUUCUGUCUGCAGACUUGAUUUUUGGGGCAGCGUGGGAACUCCUUGCCUGUGGGACUCCCCCUUGGCCAAAAGGGCCCCUGAGCUGUGGUGCGUUGGGUUUUGCUUGCAAAACCCGAGGAUUCAUUGCUGGAGAGAGCUGCAGCUCGUCAGGAAACCCUGGCCGGGCUUGGGGGGGGAGACCAGGACAGUGCCUCCGAGCCAGAUGCUGUGGGGAUGCUGCUGCCACGGCUUCCCGCAGCUGGGGCCCCCACUCCCUGCCUUUUGGGGGCUCUCCUGCCUGGAAAAACUCUGGCUUUAAAGGAAGGACGUGAGCGUCCGCCUCUCUCUUCCCAAGUGUCUCUUCUGCG